GAUGCUGAUGCUACUGCUGCUGUUGCAGUUCUGCGUCGGAUUUGUCCGGUUCCUCUUCUCCCUCUUCGUGGGCAACAGAUGCAAUUCCGCACAUCUCAUCCCCAAGCCACCAUGCCCGAACCCUGGCACGGAUUCAAUGGCUUGGACUUUGGUCUUGCUCAUGAUUGGGUUGAUGGUCAUGACAGUUUUUAUUCAGGUCAUGAAGCGGCGUCAAUGGAAACAUGCCUUGUCAACGUUUGAAGUGCACAACGCGACGCAUCGACAGCAGAACGAGAAUCUGGAGCGAAGAAGAGCGAAGCUGCACGAGGAAAACACGACGCUGCGUACAGGGCUGGAGGUGACUCGUCAGGAGUUUGUGGCGAUGCACGCGGAGACGAUGCUACAAGAACGAGCGAUGUGGCAACAUGAGAUGCUGCGUCAAGGAAAUGAGAGGCUGCAUUUGGAGAACGUGACGCUGCUUCGAAAGAAGGAGACGCUCCUUCAGGAGAUUGAGACGCUUCGUCUCGCAACUGCCGCCGCCACCGCCGUUACCAACGCCACCCCCGCCAACACCGACACCAAUGCCACGGCAUUCACCGCCACUACCACUGCCACCACCACCGCUAUCAAUGCCACCAACAGCAGCCCCAUGACCAAGAAGAACAAAUCCAAAUUUUCUUGGUUCAAAAAACACUUUGAUUAAUUUUUGAUGGAGGCAAUUUUAGGAAUGAUUUAGCUUUAAAAUUACACAUUUAAAAAGUCACGCACACUUACACACCAAAAUAUCAACAAGCUUACCCAUAAAAUACCCAUACAGGUGCUUUGUUUUCGUGGGGCCGAGUGAUGGUUGAGUCCCCACCCCUGAGUGACACUCUUCAGGUUCAUCCGACUGGGCAUUUGCUCUCAUCACGAGACAUAGAGAGAUACGGAGAUAGACAUGGAGACAGUCAAGGAGACACCCACACACGGACACGGAGAUGAAGGCAAAGGUCCACCUAUAGCCUUGUUGUAUAUAUAGUUUUGAAUAAAUAAAUAAUGGCAUUUAAAAUGCGUAAUUUUAUCAAAAGAAAAUAGUUAUUGAAUUAUGCGAAUGUAUUCAAAUUGGAUAAAUUUGGCUCGUCUUCGUUGUGUAGUGUUGUAAAGGACGGACUUUCAAACUUAUUUAUGGCACACACUGUUUAUUGUCUUAAUUAUACAGUCUCUAACACACAAGGGGUAUACGGUCCCCUUACCUGUUAACCUGAGGAGGUAUAGCUUCCUGACCCUGCACAGCUCCACACUCACACUUCGCUCCUAUUCUAAGGAGGUACAGCCUCUGAAAUUGCUGUCUAUCUAAUCUCCCAGCUAGCCUAGCGUCCUCCGGCUGGGACCUAGGGGAGGGACACUGACCCGCCGCUGGCCCGGCGGGUCCCUGACCUCUGGUCGCUCAGGACCUUCGCCCUCACAAGGGCGGGAAGGCUGGGAGCCAGGGUCCUAUCCAGGACCUAUCUCCCCUGACCACUGGUUACUCUGAGCCCCAGCCCUGACAAGGGCUGGAAGGCUUGGUCCAGGGUCCUAUCUGUCUUCGGCCGACUUGGGUCUUCGUGUAGCAGAACUGGCCAAGAGCUCUCAGCGCUCUGGCUUUUAUACCUGUUCGUGGCCGGGUUGUCCAAUCCCUGGCCACCUUGUGGAACCCUCCGAUUGGUCCUUCUCAAUCUGGCAUUUGGAUCCUACAUCACCCCAU